AUGGCGCCUCGCCGUAGGCCUGCUAAUCAACCGGCACAACAGAAUCAAGGAUUUCUGGAUGCCAUGUAUGCUGCCUUUCAAGGCAUGGCCACAAGAGCUCGAAACGAGCGGCCGGUUGAGGAUAGGAAGGAAGGGUACUUCCGGGAAUUUAGGCGUGCGCCUAUCCCCUCGUUUAAUAGUGAGGGAGGACCCCAGGAGGCGGAGUUCUGGAUUGACUCCAUAGUUAAGCACUUGAGUACUAUGGGAGUCCCAGAUGAAUACGGGGGGGAAUUUGCAGUGUAUAAGAUGGAAGGGUUAGCAAACACUUGGUGGAAACAGGUCAAGAGGAGAAUGGACGUCAUAGGAUUGACCUGGGAGCAGUUUCAGACGCUGUUCAAUGACCAGUAUUUCCCUCAGAGUUACAGGGAAGAAAAAGCACUUGAGUUCAUGUCGCUGCAGCAAGGUGACAUGUCGGUGAGGCAAUAUGAGGCUAAGUUUAAUGACCUGUCCCGGUUUGCGCCAUCUCUGGUGAGUCUGAACACAUGA